AUGGAUGGAAGGAGGGAGAGUAUGGGCAGGGAUCUCAAGACAGACAUGUCCUGGCUGAGAGAAAAAGAGAAAGAGACUGCAAAGGAGAAAGAGAGACCAUGUGGCCAGGCGACGGUCAUUAAAGAUGACAGGAAGGACAGCUUGGAUGAUAACGUGUUUGUUGAAAGAGGAGGGAGGGUCAGCCAGCUGCUGAGUAAAUUCGGAGAACACCCAAAACCUCCAUCUCGAUCCAAAAGUUCAGACAACUUCCUCAGGCCUGGGAGGAGAAAAUAUUCAGAUCACAAUGACCAACAAUCUGAGGAGAGGAGGGCAGACAGGAGGAAUAUGCUGAUGAAAGGUUUGCCAAAACGUUCAUUUAGCUUCUCAGAUCGAGUCAUCAGUGCGAAGGAGAAUGGUUUAGAUGAAGAUGGGUAUUAUGAGCGGAAAACGCGUGAGAGGAUACAUUCAGACAAGAGAGUGGCGCCGUGGGUGGAUAUAGCAGGCUUAAAGAAGGAAACGACAGCAAAGCUCAAACUAGGGUAUUCACGGCUUUUAGAUAAAGACAGGUUUGGAAAGCAAAGAGAUGGACACUUAAAAAAUGAGGAUGCCAAGGCAGAAACGUGCAUCCAACACAGGAACGAAGUUAAGAAAGUAGAGCCUGUUGACAAGAGGGCCGCAGAGAAGGCAAUUGAUGCAGAUGGAGAUGAGGGGUUCACGGUGGCAUCCGUUAAAAACACAGAAGGAAUCUCAUUUGCUAGAAGAGUACCAAUCAGACAGGAUGGGAAAGCCAGAGCAGCUGAAAGAGAGGUCAAGAGAUUGAGUUUGGAAAAGGAGGUGAAUGUAGAGAAAGAUUCAGACGCAGGACAGAUUGAGGCAGAAGUUUGUGACAAAAAGGUGUCCGAGGCAUUAGAAAGCACAGUCCCAGCAGAAACUCUGCAGAAUUAUGUCAAAGAUACAUCGGCAGAGCCAGCCAUUUCGUGUGACACUGCUGAGAGUCACAACAGACAUGCAUCAGCUUUCACGGAGUGCUCUAGUCUACUCUGCCAAGUAGCAGAGAAAGGGGCAGAAUGGAGGGGUACAGGGCCACCAGGACCUCACCAAAUUCAUUCAGUUUUGUCCCAGCACACAGAGGAUCUUAUCAGUAAAAUAGAAAAAAUAGGAGAUACAACUGUUUACAGCAACGAGAAAAGAGAAAGGGCUUACGGGGCUGCUUAUGAAAUAACUAAAGAGAGUAAACAGGAGGGACAGGCUUACAGCGAGAACCUCCUUCAUGACAUCACCCCUAGAUCUCCAAAAAAGAUCGCCCCAAUGGGGAUCCCUCCAGGUCCACUGGAGAUUCAAAUCCCCAGGGCUGUGUUUUACGUUGGAGAGGAAAUGUCGGAGAAAAGACAGAUCGCCGGUCAAAGCGAAGACGGGCAAGACUGGGAAGGAGGGCGAGGGGUGGAGAGGAGGGAUAGCUGGAGAAUCGGAAAGCCCUUGAGCCGCAUCGAGUCCCUACGAGAGAAAAUUAGACAAAGAGAGCUGGAGAGGCUGAGACAAAGAGAGGCACAGGAUGGGGAUGGGAGCGAGGGCACAGAGAUCACUGAUGCUCAGGCAGCAGGGGACAGGUAUGAAGAUGAGGGAACUGAGAUAGAGUGGGAAGCUGCAGCUCAUAAGCGAAAGAGGAUGGUUGAAACAGAGGGACAGGAAGACACAGCAGCACAGACAUCCGUGACUGCUUUUGACGUCACGCAGGAAGUCAGCAUGUUGAAAACCUGCCCUCAGCUUCCUGUUUCUGUCCCACACUCACAAGGCGUCAGAGGAGAGGAAGUAACAAGCAGCUUCGCCACUGCUGCUGCCGAAGUUACCUCUGACAGGUUCCAAACAUCUGAGGAUGAAGAUGACCCCCUGGAACAUGAGGAGGACCAGCUGAGGCACCACAGGAGCCAACACGAGAGCAGAGAAGAAGAUAGUGAGGAGGAGGAAAGGGAGCUCUCAGAGGAAGAAGAGGAGGAAUAUACAUCACCUGUUGAUCCUGCACAAUCUCUUGCCCCUUCGCCACCGCAUCCCAACUCUCUCGCAGCCAUGAGCCGGAUCUACAACUUGGAAACGGUUGGUUCGAGGUCAGGCUUGUGUCUUAGGGAAAAGCCUGUCGACAUGUCAUCAGUGCACCUUGUUAAAGUGAAGCCCCACAUAUCAAACGCACAACAGGGGGAUAGCAAAGGACUCUCAGGUGAAAACAUUUGUGGGGUUCAGAAGAUACAACGCCAGAUAGAGCAGUUUCAGCUGAAAGAGCAGGAGGCGUUGAAGUCUCAUCAUGUUGCUUCUACAUCGCCAAAAACUCCUCAUAAGGACAGAGAGGCAAAGGGGCAGCAAAGCCCCAGAGCAGCGUUGAAGCACCAGGUAAAGGAUGAUGUCAAGAUCCAGAAGAAGGAUCAAGAAACAUCAGAAACGAACCCCAAAGUGUCUCCACAGCACGUUUGUUCUCCAACGUCUCAGCUCAAACUAUCUAACCAAACUAUCACCAUCAAUCCCUCAAUCGUCAGGAGCCAAUCCCCGGACAUUUCUCUGAAACCCUCCAAUUGCGCCCCAACUCCUGCCUCCUCCCCGUGCUCUCCGUCUCCCGCCCCGUCUCCCAGUGUCUCUCCAUCUCCCACACCAUCACCCACGCUCUUCUCCAUCAGGAGUGCCUCUGGUGGACAAGUGAGGAGAGGUGCCACCAUUACAAUCACCCCAAAAAAGCCUGCUGGAGGGGGAGGAGGAGUAGGAGGAGGAGGAGGAAGAGUGGCAGGAUCUACAACUGGGUCCACAACCUCAAAAACACCACAGCAGCAGGCCCAGACGGCCUCCACUGUGGCUGAGCCGGCGAAGAAGAGGUACCCAACAGUGGAGGACAUUGUGGUGAUUGGUGGAUAUCAGAAUCUGGAAAAAUCUUGUCUGGUCAAGAACAAAGGGACCCCGAAAAGGGGGAAAGUGUGUUUCGAUGAGGACCAGCUGGAGCAGGUGUGUGAGUAUCCAUCAGAGACCUCCAUGCUGGCGUCUACACCCUUCCCUCAUGACCAGGGGAAGAUCGACAGAACGCAGGCAGAGGAGGCGCAGGAGGAGGAAGCGUUAGUGGAGGGAGGAGCGACGUUGUCCAAGAGCACGAGGAAUGUCGGGGUCGGAACGGGACGGGGUCUAAGAGUGGAUGAGUCAGGCCCCCGGUAGAAGCCAGUCACCUCGCCAAAAUUUCCCAUGUGACGAGAUCAGCAACCAUUUUGUUGAACAAAUAUUAUCUGAUUUUUUUUAUUAUCAUGUUUUGUUUCAUGUGAAUCGCUGUAUGGAGCGUUGAAGUGAGUGUUUGUAAUCCUUUGUGGUGUUUUGUUUAAUAUUUAGUAUCAGGGCGAAUGAGUGUGCAGAAGGAAAUGUACAGAACAGUUUGGUUUAUGCAGUUAAUAAAAGAGACAUAAUUGUGUUUACUGGGGGAAAAUAUCACCUAGUUUAAUUUUCAGGGACUAAUGUGAAUGUAUAAUUACGGUACGUAUUGUAAAAGACCUGCAGGUGUGUUCUGUUGGGUGCUAAAAGAUCACUUAUCUAUGCAAUAUAAAGAGACUAUAAUGAGACUGAUAAGAUUCUACUUUCUAGUUGAUGCAUUUGAUAGUUUCUUAUAUGUCAUUUACUUUCUCAGUGUAAGUGAGCACAGAAGAGUGAUGUUUAUGUCAUCUGGUUUCAUGUGCCUGCUGGAUUUGCCCACACAGAUGAUAUGAAGAUCGGUUAAAGGACAGGUUCACAAUUUUUCAAGUCUGUCGUAAAACAACAGUCAGGUGUCCAAAUGAACACUGAAAGAAG